CCCAGUUUCCACACACUGUUUCUCUUCCAAGCUCCUUCUAUAUAUUCCCCACCUCACCCCCUCCAUUUUCCUCACACCCUCAGCUCCCAGCUUCCUCCAUUUUGCUCUAUUUUCUUCACUCUCUUUUGAGUCUUUUCUGCUCUCUCAGUCCCAAAAGGACAAAAUGUCGACGGUGCUUCUCUUGUUCGGGCUUCUUUCUCUGACCCCAUUGUUUGCUCAUGCUUAUGGUGAUGGAGGUUGGGUUGAUGCUCAUGCCACUUUUUAUGGUGGGGGUGAUGCCUCUGGUACUAUGGGUGGGGCUUGUGGGUAUGGAAACCUAUACAGCCAAGGGUACGGCACAAACACAGCAGCUCUGAGCACAGCCUUGUUCAACAAUGGCUUGAGCUGCGGGGCUUGCUUUGAGAUCAAGUGUGUCAAUGACCCCAAAUGGUGCCUUCCCGGUUCUAUUUUGGUCACUGCCACCAAUUUCUGCCCUCCAAACAAUGCUCUCCCUAACAACAACGGCGGUUGGUGCAACCCUCCUCAGCAUCAUUUCGAUCUCGCGCAGCCCGUCUUCCAGCAUAUUGCGCAAUACAGAGCUGGAAUCGUCCCUGUCUCCUACCGAAGGGUACCUUGCCAAAAGAAGGGUGGGAUCAGAUUCACAAUCAACGGUCACUCAUACUUCAAUCUGGUCCUAAUCACAAACGUGGCUGGUGCUGGUGAUGUUCAAUCUGUUUCCAUCAAAGGGUCAAGAACUGGUUGGCAACCCAUGUCUAGGAACUGGGGUCAGAAUUGGCAGAGCAACUCCAACCUCGACGGCCAAAGCCUUUCAUUCAAGGUCACAACCAGUGAUGGCCGCACUGUAGUCUCUAACAAUGUUGUUCCGGCAGGCUGGUCUUUCGGCCAGACUUUCUCCGGCCUCCAAUUCCCUUAAACUAAACAAAACGAAGACGAAUAAGAAGAAGAAGAAACUACAAGUUUUGUUUAGGGUCGACUCAAUUUAUGAGAAGGGCUUAUAUUAAAUGGUCCUUGUGGUCGUUCUGAUCUGCUCUCAUUUGGAAAAGGGCAGACAGAAAUUAUAUCGAAUUUGGCAGUGGUGGGCAAUAAGAGUACCACCCGCCACUUUUUGUUAGGUUUGUUAAUUAGUGUUGUUGUGCUUGGUUAGUUUAAGUUUUGGGUCAAUCCCAUUGUAGUAAUGCUUAGGUCACCAUCCUUUAUUGGGGGCACUUAAGCUUCUUUUACUUGUCUAUGAAGCUAUUGUAAUCAGCUUUUGCUGCUGCUACUGAAUUUUGUGUCUGUCUGAGUCAGAGUUGUUAAAGUGCAAGACUUUUUGUUCUGAAUAAAGUCUCCUCUCCCUCUC